AACCGUUACAGGAACAUUUUAAUUUCUUAUCAUUGGUCGUUUUUCCCCUCCCAAGUUAAACAACAAAUAUCUUAGGAAAGUAGCAGUUUACAUAGAUAACCAAUUAAACAACAAUUAAGAAAUAUAUUCAGCUACCAGUAAACGACAGCAACUUAGAUAGCAACGUAACAUUAGCUAGCAAGCCAGAGAGGACAAGCCUGAGGAUCUCAGCCAGAGGAUCUCAGCCAGACGUGGGACCAAGUAACGUUACGUUAGUCAGUCACACCCUAAUCCGGCACCCAUGGCUGAAAUGUAACGUUAGACCAGAGUCAUGCAACAUGAAGUAGUUAGGACUUUUGUGAUCAUGAAAGACAUUCACUAGCAGCAAGAACACGCGAAGCACUUUUUUUUAGAACCUGGAUAUGACUGUCUCAUCAUCAUGCCACAGACACAGCCGUCCGCGAGAUAGCGCUUGCCAGCCAGUCUGCUAAAUUCACUAGCUACACCUGCGCUAGCUAGCUAAUAAUUCGUUUUGUUGUGUGCUUUUGCACAUAUAAUAUUGUUGUAAUAUGAAUGCACCGAUGUAUACAUUUGUCGCAAGAGACGACAACAGCACCAUAUAUGCUGAAGUUUCCAAAAUUCUCGUCGCAACUGGACAAUGGAAGAGACUGAAAAGGGAUAAUCCCCGAUUCAAUUUGAUGUUCGGCGAACGGAACAGACUGCCAUUUGGACGGCUUGGUAAGAGUAGCACUUUUGGCAUACUCAGUAAAUGGUCUUGCUUGCUUUGAAUACCUUUUGUUGGAGUAUCAAUAUUCUUGUUCUCACCCUCAAGUUGAACCCAUGAAUUGUGUCGCAUGAAACAGCUUAUGUAGAGCUAUGAUGGAGGCCCAUAGUUGAUACACACACUCCACCAGUGCUAUUAUGGCACUCACUGCAUCGAUCCCAGCCUCCUUAUUGGGAGUCUAAGGUGGACAGCUGCAUUUUCUGCAUUAUGCAAUGUAUAAGAAAGUUACUCCCUUAUACCACUGAUAAUGUUCCUUAAUUAUUGAUUCGUGGCCCACCCCUGUUUCACUUUAUGAUUCAUAUUUUGGGCUUGACUAUCCUGGAGCCUAUAGUCUAGACUCUAUUGGCUACUUCGUUUACAACAUUUAAACCUUAUCCUGGUGACAUCACUGUAUCCACAUGCAUCCUUGGUCACUGAAUCACAUCCUCUGCGGAUGAGUAAGAGGAUGCCACAAGUAGGCCCUAUUGGACACGUUGAAGUUUGACCACCGAGAGGGAAAUGGACCAGACACGUGCAAAAUGCUUUCCUGUGUUUACUCCACCCUAUUGUCAUCACUUUUUUUUGCAUGUGUUUGUUUAUCCUCCAUAGGUCAUGAGCCAGGACUGAUGCAAUUAGUGAAUUAUUACAGAGGAGCAGACAAGUUGUGCCGCAAAGCAUCUUUAGUCAAGUAGGUAUUUGAACUUUGGUAUUGAAAAGGUUUGUGUAAUAAUGUUCACUCUGAUACUGUACUUUUCACUGUAAUUCACACUGAUGCUGUAAAUAUCAUCAAUAUUGUCUUUCUUUACAUUGUGCAGGUUAAUCAAGACUAGCCCAGAGCUUCCAGACCCCAGCAACUGGUUGCCUGAAUCCUACAUCAUCUAUCCUACUAACCUCAACACCCCCGUCGCUCCUGCAAAGAAUGGCAUCAGCCACCUGAAAAGUAACCCCAAGACAGAUGAAAGAGAAGUUUUCCUGGCCUCUUAUCACUCAAGGAAGGAAAGUGGAGAGGGAACAGUGUGGAUCGCCAAGUCAUCUUCUGGAGCAAAAGGUACAUCCCAAUCAUCACGUCUGAAGGCUUGGGUUUCUAUUGACAGCUGGUACUGCUAGAUACUGUUUUACUGUAGUCAUUGGGCACUAUGGGGGAAAUAUGAUAGUAUUGUUGCCUAAAGAAUCUCUCUUUUUAAGCUAAUGGUUGCCUCAUGUUUUUGGAAGUUUCCUUGGACUAUCCAGGGAGUUACAAACUCUUUGUUGGCAAAAUAUGUUUACCAAGGAUUGUAUACAAAGAUGAGGCUUGGCUUGGUUUUCUUGUUCCAGGUGCUGGAAUUUUGAUAUCCCACGAUGCAAAUCAAUUGCUGGAGUUCAUUGAUAAUCAAGGGCAGGUUCAUGUCAUUCAGAAGUACCUAGAAAGACCACUACUGCUGCAACCUGGCAACCGUAAAUUUGACAUCAGGUAAGCAGCUGAUACUAAUAUUUUUGUGAGUGAUUGCACAUCUAGUGUGUUUAUUACAUAUUUCUUACCAACAAAAUAACAUAUAGCCUUAUAAUACACAAUUCAGGAAUAGUAACAGAAGCAAUGUUAUCGCUGGUGUUUUGCCCAGUAGUCUCUGACUCUGCGGGUUUGCUGUUGUUCUUAGGAGCUGGGUGCUCGUGGACCAUCAGUACAACAUCUACCUUUACCGGGAGGGUGUGCUGCGGACGGCGUCAGAGCCCUACAACAGCUCCAACUUCCAGGACAUGACCAGCCACCUGACUAACCACUGCAUCCAGAAAGAGCACUCACAGAACUACGGCCGCUACGAGGAGGGCAACGAGAUGUUCUUCGAUGAGUUCCGGCAGUACCUGCUGAGCACCCACAACAUAGCACUGGAGACCAGCGUUUUACCUCAGAUCAAGCAGAUCAUAAGGUAGCUACUUCUUUUCCUGUCCUAUGCUGUGAUGUUUGUGUUUACUUAAUUGAAGAUGGAAAGAUACCCUUUUUUGUCAGAUGACCUUGCAAAUAUGACCUUUCCCUAACAUACAUAGUUCUACAAAUAGCUAUGUACAGGGAUUUGCUACACAACUACUCUACUUAGACUCCUGACAAUGGUGGUUCUGUCUGGUCUCCUAGGAGCUGUUUGACAUGCAUUGAGCCAGCCAUCAGCACUAGGCACUUGUCCUAUCAGAGCUUCCAGCUCUUUGGAUUUGACUUCAUGGUGGACGAGAGCUUCAAGGUGUGGCUGAUCGAGAUCAAUGGAGCUCCGGCCUGCGCACAGUCAGUACUAUUUUAUGUCCUUCUCCUCCUAGUGGUCAUAUACAUAUACAGUGCAUUUGGAAAGUUUUCAGACCCCUUCCCUUUUUCCACAUUUUGUUACGUUACAGCCUUAUUCUAAAAUUGAUAAAAUGUUUUUUUCCCUCCUCAAUCUACACACGCCCAUAACGACAAAGCGAAAACAGGUUGUUAGACAUUUUUGCAAAUGUAUUACAAAUAAACAACAGAAAUACCUUAUUUACAUAAGUAUUCGGACCAUUUGCUAUGAGACUCGAAAUUGAGCUCAGGUGCAUCCUGUUUCCAUUGAUCAUCCUUAGAUGUUUCUACAACUUGAUUGGAGUCCACCUGUGGUAAAUUCAAUUGAUUGGACAUGAUUUGGAAAGGCACACACCUGUCUAUAUAAGGUCCCACAGUGCAUGUCAGAGCAAAAACCAAGCCAUGAGGUCGAAGGAAUUGUCCGUAGAGCUCCGAGGGAGGAUUGUGUCGAGGCACAGAUCUGGGGAAGGGCACCAAAAAAUGUCUGCAGCAUUGAAGGUCCCCAGGAACACAGUGGCCUCCAUCAUUCUUAAAUGGAAGAAGUUUGGAACCACCAAGACUCUUCCUACAGCUGGCCGCCCGGCCAAACUGAGCAAUCAGGGGAGAAGGGCCUUGGUCAGGGAGGUGACCAAGAACCCGAUGUCACUCUGACAGAGCUCCAGAUUUGCUCUGUGGAGAUGGGAGAACCUUCCAGAAGGACAACCAUCUCUGCAGCACUCCAGCAAUCAGGCCUUUAUGGUAGAGUGGCCAGACGGAAGCCACUCCUCAGUAAAAGGCAUAUGACAGCCCGCUUGGAAUUUGCCAAAAGGCACCUAAAGGACUCUCAGACCAUGAGAAACAAUAUUAUCUGGUCUGAUGAAACAAAGAUUGAACUCUUUGGCCUGAAUGCCAAGCGUCACGUCUGGAGGAAACUCUGACCAUCCCUACGGUGAAGCACGGUGGUGGCAGCAUAAUGCUGUGGGGAUUAUCUUCAGCGGCAGGGACUGGGAGACUAGUCAGGAUCGAGGGAAAGAUCAACGGAGCAAAGUACAGAGAGAUCCUUGAUGAAAACCUGCUCCAGAGCGCUCAGGACCUCAGACUCUGGCAAAGGUUCACCUUCCAACAUGACAACGACGCUAAGCACACAGCCAAGACAACGCAGGAGUAGCUUCGGGACAAGUCUCUGAAUGUCCUUGAGUGGCCCAGCCAGAGCCCGGACUUGAACACGAUCGAACAUCUCUGCAGAGACCUGAAAAUAGCUGUGCAGCGACGCUCCCCAUCCAACCUGACAGAGCUUGAGAGGAUCUGCAGAGAAGAAUGGGAGAAACUCCCCAAAUACAGGUUUGCCAAGCUUGUAGCAUCAUACCCAAGAAGACUUCAGGCUGUAUUCGCUGCCAAAGGUUCUUCAACAAAGUACUGAGUAAAGGGUCUGAAUACUAUCUAAAUGUGAUAUUUCAGAUUUUUAUUUAAAAUAAAUGUACAACAAAUUAUAAAAACCUGUUUUUGCUUCGUCAUUAUGGGGUAUUGUGUGUAGAUUGAUGAGGGGGAAAAAACGAUUUAAUCCAUUUUAGAAUAAGGCUGUAACGUAACAAAAUGUGGAAAAAAUCAAGGGGUCUGAACAAUUUGCGAAUGUACUGUAUUUAUAGCCUAUUUCUACCUGCUGUCUCUAUCUUCCUCUUCAUCAUCUUCCUCUUGCCUGCACUCAGUUGGUUCAUCCUCUCUUUACGUCUGUUAUACUGUUGCAGGUUUUUCAUGACAUUUUAUUCAUACCAUUUUUGUUCAACUCUUAUUUUCACAAAAGGGCCUACACCUUACUUCCCCUUUUAUUAUUUUUCCAUUACAUUUUGCAUUCAGAGUAAAGGGCCUCACUCCCAAAUUAAAGUGUGAGACAAUGUGAUUUAAUUAUUUGCCAUUUAUCUCAAAUGAGCCCUGAGUCCUGUGCAUGGCGUGUGCUCUGUUCUACUCAGACCGACCGGCAGUUAUUUAUUUGUUAGUUCACGCUAGUUUAAGUUAUUUUGAAAAUGUUUGUUUCAUUGUCCAAAGCUGAGAGGGCUAUGAUAACCUCCCAUGUUAGGCUUAAUUAAUGUUUUGUCUUUGGAUCGCUGACUUCCUGGUGAACCUAAAUGUGCUUGUAAAAUUGUCCUUUGAAUCAUUCAUUCUUCCCGGUAUAAUCUAAGCCUGAUUUAAGGGGCAUCUUAUUAAUUGCACUGUUAUCUCUCCUUCCUCUAGGAAACUCUACCCGGAGCUAUGCCAAGGGAUCGUGGACGUAGCCAUCUCCAGUGUCUUCCCACUGAACAAUGAUUCCGAACCACGAUCAUCUUCCUCCUCCCCUGCUCCUUACUCCUCCCCCUCCUUUUCCACUCUUACCUCAUCCUGUUCCUCUCCGAAACUGAGAGGACCCCUCCACGUGGGCCCAUUCACCCGAUUGUAAGUCCCUCCUCCUCUGCUUCAAAAGUUCCAACCUCCGCCCUCUGCUCCUCACUCCUACGCUUUUCCCGAGAUGUCCCACAGGCCAGGAAGCUUUGCCAUCUCAUUGGUUCUUGCAUGGCAAGUUUUGUCUCGAAGGGGAUUACCCUUGUGAUUGACUGAAGAUUGUGUUACUUUCUCGUAUGUGCUACCACAGUCUUCUCUCCCAUACCCCACAGCGGAAGUGCAUUUCAGAGGAAAGCCUGAACAGGCAUGCAGUAUAUGAAUGUGUGGAGACUUGGUGAAUGUUCGGAUGGUGAUGAUGAUUAAGAUAAAUGGGCGACAGACUGACUGAUGACGUAUUUGGGGGUCCCAGAACAAGAAUAGAUGCCCUUGUGAUCCCGUGCUGCCACUGAGGCGCCCCUAGACUGUGUAUGGACGACCUCUGAAGAUGGAGGGGACGCUUCACUUAUUAUACAGACUUUAGUGCCUUACAUCUCCACCCAUACCCCCUUAAAGGUGCAACCUGUCGAUUUAGCAUAGCGCCUCUGCUACUGUGUGUGUUAUGUGAGCCUGUGUAUUGUCGGUCAGGCAAGUGUGUAUGUCUGUGUGGGCUAGUUUCUUUCUCUGGGUUUGGAGAUUUUUGGAUUUUAUCCACAAAAGUUAGCAUUGUGAGGGGAAAAAACGUUGAUUAUAGGCAUACUUCAUAUCAUGGUUAUUCACAAAGCCCCAGAGAGUUUUGUACUGUAAUUUAAAAGAGGAUUAAAUCAGAAAUUAGGCUACAUUUUAUUGCUACUGAAAUUGUAUUAUAGCUAUUUGAUAGCUAUUAUUCCAUGCACGCUGUGUAGUGUUAGGUCUUCAAUUUUUGACAGACUUUUAUUCAAGUUCAUUUAGUCAGUGUUGUUUAAGUCUGUUGUUCAUUCACACUGUAUAAGAAAAGAUUCCUAGACAGAUGACUCCUUUUUCUCUGUCAACAAAGAGCAUUUGUGGAAUGACUAGAGAUAAACCUCCCCUGUUAAUUUGAGACUAGCUUUGCAACUUCAGAACAUUUCAACCCAUUUGAACCUUCUAAAGGUU